GGUCUCGCGAGAGUAGGGGAGCACGGCCCGCGCCCCAAGGGAGCCGCCGAGGCCGCGGGCUGGGCGGGGCGCCGGGGAUCACGAGUGCGCGAGCGUGGGCGGCCCGCUGAGCUGCGGCCCCGACCCUUCUCCGCGGGCGCGCGGCCAUGGCACGGAAGUGGCGCCUCCCUCUGCUCCUGGUGCCGCUCCUGCUCGGCCCAGGCCUCCUGCACAGCUCCAGCGCUCUGCCCCUGGUCCUCAACACUUGGCCUUUUAAGAAUGCAACCGAAGCAGCGUGGAGGACCUUAGCAUCUGGAGGCUCUACCCUGGAUGCAGUUGAGCAGGGCUGUGCCGUGUGUGAGAGGGAGCAGUGUGACGGCAGUGUGGGCUUUGGAGGGAGUCCCGAUGAGCUUGGAGAAACCACACUGGAUGCCAUGAUCAUGGACGGCACUACUAUGAACGUAGGAGCGGUGGGAGAUCUCAGGCGAAUUAAAAAUGCGAUCGGUGUGGCUCGGAAAGUGCUAGAACAUACAGCACACACGCUGUUAGUGGGAGAGUCAGCCACCAAGUUUGCUGAAAGUAUGGGGUUUAUCAGUGAGGACUUAUCUACCAAUACUUCUCGAGCCCUUCAUUCAGAUUGGCUUGCUCGGAAUUGCCAGCCAAAUUACUGGAGGAAUGUUGUCCCAGAUGCUUCAAAAUACUGUGGACCUUACAAACCACCUAGUAUCUUAAAGCAAGAAGGUCCUUCCCAUAAAGAAACAGGAGAUAACCACGGUCAUGAUACAAUUGGCAUGGCUGUAGUCGAUAAGAUGGGACGUACUGCUGCCGGGGCAUCUACAAACGGUAUAAAAUUCAAAAUACCUGGUCGAGUAGGAGAUUCGCCAAUACCCGGAGCUGGUGCCUACGCGGAUGACAGCGCAGGAACGGCCGCAGCCACUGGCGAUGGGGAUAUACUGAUGCGCUUUCUACCCAGCUACCAGGCUGUAGAAUAUAUGAGAAGAGGAGAAGAUCCAACCAUAGCUUGCCAGAAAGUGAUUUCCAGAAUUCAGAAGUAUUUUCCAAACUUCUUUGGGGCUGUUAUAUGUGCCAAUGUGACUGGAAGUUAUGGUGCUGCUUGCAGUAGACUUCCCACAUUUACUCAGUUCAGUUUCAUGGUUUAUAAUUCUCUAAAAAAUCAGCCAACUGAAGAAAAAGUAGACUGCAUCUAAUCCAGCUUUUCCGUCCGCAUCUAUAUUUAAAGAGGAAAGAAACAAAGGUUGAAAAGGUUACUCACUGUCAUCGUAUCCUAUGCCUCAUGCAUUCUACCUUCUUUGUAUAAAUAGGCACAAAAAUAAACGUGGGCUGAAGUAGCACUUUCCCUUUCUCUGUCGGACGUGGUUCUUAUGAUCUUGUUAUUUAAGCUUUGUCUAUCCCCUGAACAUGAAUAUGUAUGCAUGUAUUUUGUAUAUGUUUAAAUUUUAAGUGAUAUUUGGAUUUCUGCUCAACGUUUCAAGACAUGGCUACUUUGGGGAUUUAUUUCCACAGUGAUGUAUUAAGGACAAAGGAAAUAAUGUGCAUUUGGAUACUUAAAAUAAUUAGAGGGUCCAAGUUUUUUAGACCCAAAAGAACAAAAUACCGGUGAGUUGCAGCAUGAUUAGCCCUGAUUCAGUUUCAUUACCUUACAAUGAUGGGUCUCUUAUCACUGAUUAUCAGCUUUACAUAAUGUUCCCUACCAGCUUGAAGAGGAAAGAAUGCCAUUAAUAAUAAAGGCGGCUUUGUUUUGCACGUAUUCAAAGGUAUGGGCAAAUCUGAUGAGCAAUUGUGUUGAUUUCCUUUGGUUUUUUCCUCUGAUGGAGUUCUCAAUGUGUGAAGCUUCUUUAGUUGCAAAAA